AAAGCUUAGCAUCCCAGACAUCCAGCACCCUGCAAGCUGCUUUGGUCUACAUCCUACUUGUUUCUUUGGUGAACUAGGUUCAUAAAAACUUACAAAAAAGAUGUCUCAUCUUCUGAGCAGUAUUCUUACCAUUAUUGACGUUUACUACCAGUACACCAAUAAAGAUCAAGAUUGUAGCACAUUGUGCAAAAGGGAGUUGAAGGAACUUCUGGAAAAGGAGUUUCGACCAAUUUUGAAGAAUCCAGAUGAUCCUGACACUGUGGAAGUAUUCAUGCACAUGCUCGAUCGAGACCAUGACAGGAAAGUGGAUUUUAUUGAAUUUCUUCUGAUGAUAUUCAAACUGACUAUGGCCUGCAACCAGUCUAUUGGAAAAGAAUACUGCCAAGCUUCAGGGUCACAUAAAAAACAUUCUAGUCACCAUCACCAAGAAGAACAGAGUGAAAGUGAAGAGGAAGAAGAAGAUGACUCUAGUAAUUCAAGUCAGAGUGCAGGAGAAAAACCCAAAUCCCACACUGGGCAAUCAAAGAAGACCAGAAAAGUAAGGCACAGAUCCAAGUCCAGUUCUCCAGGAAAUGGGAAACUCAGUCACUCAUCGAGUCCAGGACAUAGUGACAUCCAUGAGAGAAAACACCACUCAUCGAGAUUAAGUCAUCCAAAAGGAAGUGAGAAAAAAAGAAACGGAUCCAGUUCAAGUGACCUGGAAGAAAAAAGACAUAAGUCAAAUAUUAGCCCCUCCAGGAAAUAUGGAGGAGAAGAACAUGAACUUGCCUCUGAGUGGUUAGUGAGUGAUGGAAGAAAAAGAUUUGCUUCUAGUUCCGGAGUCUUAUCCUGCAAGCUAAAGAGCAAAGGGCAGAAGUCUAAUACUAACCAGUCAGAAGAAUGUAGAGAACAAAGACAAAGAUACAAGUCUUGCCAAACAGGAAGCUAUAAACAAGCCUACAGUCAAUCAGAUGGCUGUGGAAGACAAAGAAGAUGUUCAGAAAACUGUGAGAGAAAAGGACAAAAGACAAGUGGUCAGUCACAAAAUUGUGGAGGACAAGAACAUUGGUCCUAUUCAUGUCAGUCUAGCUGUGGACAACAAAGGUCUGGCUCAGGGCAGUCCUCUAGCUGUGAACAACAAAGGUCUGGUUCAAAUCAGUCAUCUAACAGUAGCCAAUGUGGAACAGGCUCAGAUCAGUCAUCCAGCUGCAGACACCAAAGUUCUGGCUCACAUCAGUCCUCCAGCAGGAGCCAAUUUGGAUCAGGUUCAGGUCAAUCUUCCAGCUCUGGACAACAAAGGUCUGGUUCACAUCAGUCCUCCAGCAGUGGCCAAAGUGGGGCAGGAUCAGGUCAGUCCUCCAAAUAUGGGCAACAUGGGUCAAGCUCAAAUCAGUCCUCCAACAAAGGACAAGGUAGGUCAGGCACAGGUCAGUCCUCUACUUCUCAACAACAUGGGAAGGGAUCAGGUCAGUACUCCAGAUAUGACCAACAUGGAUCUGGGUCAAGUCAGUCCUCCAGUUAUGAGAAAUAUGGGUCUUACUCAGGUCAGUCUUCUACUUCACACCAUCAUGGGUCAGGAUCAGGAAAUUCCUCUACUUAUGGAAAGGGGAGAUCAGGUCAAGGACAGAAUAAUACUAACGCACAACAGGGAUCUGGGGAUUGUUAUUGCCCUUGCACUUGUACACAAGAAUCAGAUACUGGUGGUUACUCUGGCUCCAAUUAUCAGAGAGGAGACUCAGCUGGAAAUUUAGUGUCUGAGAACAAACAGAGAACUAGUAGAAAAGAACAGGACUCUGCACACUCAGCAUCUUAUCAACACCAGUCCACAGAUUCUAGGUCAAGAGGAAGAGAGGGAGUAGGAAACAGACAAGAACAGGACUCUUCCAGACAUAGAAGGUCUGGGGAAAGCCAGUCCGCAGACUCCAGGUCAAAGGAAAGAGAGGAAUCGGGUAGGAGGCAAGAACGUGAUUAUGCUAGGCAUGGAGUGACUACUCAAAGACAAUCCCCAGAAUCUGGCUCAAGGCAAAGAUCAACAAGUGGAAGACAAGAACAAGACUCGGGACACUCAGUGUCUGGUCAAAGACAAUCCACAGAUUCUAGGUCAAGGAGAAGACAGGGAGUAGACAGGAGACAAGAACAGGACACUUCCAGAAAUGGAAGGUCUGAGCAAAGACAAGACAUUGAUUCUAGAUCUAGGGAAAGAGACCAAUCAGGCAGGAGACAAGGACAUGACUCUUCCAGAGAAGAGGUAACUGAUCAAAGACAAUCCAGGGAUUCUACCUCAAGGCAAAGAUCAGGAAGUGAAAGACAGGAACAAGACUCUGGACACUCAGUGUCUGGUCAACGGGAAUCCACAGAUUCUAGGUCAAGGAGAAGACAGGAAGUAGGCAGCAGACAAGAAAAGGACUCUUCCAGACAUGGAAGGUCUGGCAAAAGCCAAUCCUCUGACUCUAGGUCAAAGGAAAGGGAGGAAUCAGGCAAGAGGCAAGAACGUGGCUCUUCUAGGCAUGGAGGGUCUAGUCAAAGACAAUCCACUGAUUCCACCUCAAGACAGAGAUCAGGAAGUGAAAGACAGGGACAAGAUUCUGGACAGUCAGUGUCUGGUCAACGGGAAUCCAUAGAUUCUAGGUCAACGAGAAGACAGGGAAUUGGCAGCAGACAAGAACAGGACUCUUCUAGACAUGGAAGGUGUGGGCAAAGACAAGACAGUGAUUCUAGCUCUAGCGAAAUAGGGGAAUCAGGCAGGAGCGAAGUGCAUGACUCUUCCCGAAAGGGAGUAUCUGGUCAAAAACAAUCCAGGGAUUCUACCUCAAGAAAAAGAUCAGGAAGUGGAAGACAGGAACAAGACUCUGGACACUCAGUGUCUGGUCAAAGACAAUCCACAGAUUCUAGGUCAAGGGAAAGACAGGGAAUAGGCAGCAGAAAAGAACAGGACUCUUCCAGACAUGGAAGGUCUGGGCAAAGACAAGACAGUGAUUCUAGCUCUAGGGAAAUAGAGGAAUCAGGCAGGAGCCAAGUGCAUGGCUCUUCCAGAAAGGGAGUAUCUGGUCAAAGACAAUCCAGGGAUUCCACCUCAAGACAGAGAUUAGGAAGUGAAAGACAGGAACAAGAGUCUGGACAGUCAGUGUCUGGUCAACGGGAAUCCAUAGAUUCUAGGUCAACGAGAAGACAGGGAAUUGGCAGCAGACAAGAACAGGACUCUUCUAGACAUGGAAGGUCUGGCAAAAGCCAAUCCUCAGACUCUAGGUCAAGUGAAAGAGAAGAAUCAGGCAGGAGGCAAGAACGUGACUUUUCUAGGCAUGGAGUGUCCGGUCAAAGACAGUCCACAGAUUCUAAGUCAAGGGGAAGACAGGGAAUAGGCAGCAGAAAAGAACAGGACUCUUCAAGACAUGGAAGGUCUGGGCAAAGACAAGACAGUGAUUCUAGCUCUAGGGAAAGAGAGGAAUCAGGCAGGAGCCAAGUGCAUGACUCUUCCAGAAAGGGAGUGUCUGGUCAAAGACAAUCCAGGGAUUCUACCUCAAGACAAAGAUCAGGAAUUGAAAGACAGCAACAAGACUCUGGAAACUCAGUGUCUGGUCAAGGGGAAUCCACAGAUUCUACGGCAAGGAGAAAACAGGCAAUAAGCAGCAGAGAAGAACAGGAUUCUUCCAGACAUGGAAGGUCUGGCGAAAGCCAAUCCUCUGACUCUAGGUCAAGGGAAAGAGAGGAAUCUGGCAGGAGGCAAGAACGUGACUCUUCUAGGCAUGGAGUGUCUGGUCAAACACAAUCCAGGGAUUCUACCUCAAGACAAAGAUCAGGAAGUAGAAGACAGGAACAAGGCUCUGGACACUCAGUGUCUGGUCAAAGACAAUCCACAGAUUCUAGGUCAAGGGGAAGACAGGGAGCAGGCAGCAGACAAGAACAGAACUCUUCCCGCCAUGGCAGGUCUGGUGAAAGGCAAGUUAAUGAUUCCAGCACUGGGCACAGCCAUCGUUCCAAACUCGGACAAGAACGUGAUUCUUCUGAACAUUCACUGUCUCAUCAUACCCAAUCACAGCAUAGUACAAUAAAGAACCAGUCCAAUAACAGUCACAGAGUCUCUGAUUCUUCUAUAAAUCAUUCUGUGACUAGAAGGCUGCAAAGACAUGCUUCAGGUUCCCGAUGGAAACAUGGUAGCUAUGGCAGUGGACAAUAUGAUUAUGGGCAAACUGGCUUUGGACACUCUGGUGCUAAUCAUGUGACUCUCAAUCUUUUUCCUCUGCAUGGAUAUUCAUCCUUAACCUUUGAUUGUACUGAUUCUGACCACAGUACAGGAAAUCUUGUUUACUCCAUGAAACAUGAUGAACAAUUCGUUAAUAACAGAUCUUAUUCUAUGCCCCGAUGUCAAAUUUCAAGGUCUGAUUACUCUAGUGAAGAAGAAGCAAUAUCAGAGAAUAGAAAAUCAUUGUCCUCUCCUGAAGACUGUCGACUGUCAACAUCCAGCCACAGACCAUCAGAAUCCCGAACAAGGAUGGAAACAAGAGGAUCCAGCCCUGGGCAAUCUGGAAAUAGGCUAACAAGAAGUCCAGAAAGACAGGAAUCUAGUCAUUACCAAUCAGAAGAUGAUCCUACUGAGACUAGAAGAAGUUCAGAAUACAGUCAGAGACAAUCAGUGACAAUCCCUGAUCAGUCAGGUGACUCUCGGGAUCACUCUAGGUCCAGAACAAGUAGAAGGCAUGGAUCUAGUCCUUCCCAAUCAAGUGAUAGCCCUAAGCAUUCAGGUUCCAGGCAUAGACAAACAAGUCAUGUGCAAUACAGUGAUAGAUCUGGCCAUUCUGAAUCUGGGUAUGAUAACACAGGAUAUACUACACACAAUAAUCACAGAUCCAAUUCAAACCAAUCUGCUGAUAGUUCUGACCAGGCAGGAACAAGAGAACAUGGGCAUAGGAAUCCAUCAGGUAGUAGAAUUACAGAGGGGACUACGAGAAACCAGUCAGAAACUAACUCCAGUGUUCCAAGAGACAGUGAGAGGCAGAGUUCUCAGAGAUCAGAAGUCAUUGAUAUAAGGGAGAGAACCUACUCAGGCUCCUACUGUCCUUGUAGUAUCACUCCUCUCUAUGAGUACAUUCAGGAGCAAAGAUAUAACUACUAUUACUGAAAUGCCAGCAAAAAACUAAAUGAAAUAUUAAAUGAAUAUAUGUGAAAGAAGAAAUGAAAAGUCUCAACUAUACUAUUCUUCAGGAUACUUAUUUCUAGGAACAGGGCUGUGUUUUUUUUUUCUUUUCAACAAAAUUGUUCUGCCUCUUUGGUUUGGUAUUUUAGAUUUUUAUGAGGGUGCCACUGAAAUGAUAUAGCGUAUUUUAGUUCUUAGUGGUGAAUAAAAGAAUAAAAUUUGGGUGGCAAUAUUCAAUAUUAUUCAGAAGUUUAAUGUACUAACUAAAUACAACUCUCAAGUGAGAUUAUAUUUUUGAAGUUUUUUCAUAACAUUUAACUGACUACUAUAAAUGUGGAUAUUUCUCUCCAAGAAGUAACAAAAUCUGUCUCACCUGCCUAUUGUCAAAGAUAAAGCUGCAACUCAGCAUCAGGUGCCAUAUUUAGAACCAUGCAAUUAAGAAAGGAAAAGGAAACCAAGGUCAGGGAUAGAACUUCAGCAAUUUCUUUGAAUCCUGUAUCAUCCAAAUACAAUUCCUAUAUCAUUUUUAAUAAGAAAACUGAAAAUUAAUAUGAAAAACUGGUACUGUCUCUGUUUAUUUUUAGACCUGAGUCUUUGAUGAAUGAGGACUGAGCCAUUUUUUGUCCAAUGUUCCAAAAUCUAAACUCUAAUUUGAACUUAAAAAUAAAGAUGCUGUUCUGUAAUCUGUUCUAAGCUUAGGGAAUGGGGAAUGGAGGGGUUGUAGACUUCAAUUGUGAGUUCUGCAGAAUAACAUUUUUCUUUCUAAGUAAAAAAUAAAAUGCAAUUAAAAGGGGAGGGUGAAUAUAUUUGUUACUGCUAUGGGACCUAUAAUUGAUUGUAACAUGCUUGAGAUUAUUGAUUUUUCAGGGACAUUUGAUUCCAAAAUUAUAUUUAAUGAAAAUAAAAAAUUGAUGAUCAAAACCUA